AUGGACCUGGAUCCGGGGAUACUAACCCAUGACCAGGAACGCGAGCUCGAGAAAGUCAAUGCCUUCUAUCUGCAGAAGGAAGCUGAGCUCAAAAUCCGUCUCAAAACCCUACUUGACAAGAAGAAGGUCCUUCAGUCCCGAGGUCAUAGCAUCUCAAGGCGGUCGGCCAAGUUUACAACGCUCCAAGAGGGCUUCCAACAAUUCGCAAACGACUUGAACAAACUACAACAAUUCGUUGAGAUCAACGGCACUGCCUUCUCGAAGAUCCUGAAGAAGUGGGACAAGACAUCAAAGUCGAAAACAAAGGAACUCUACCUCUCACGGGCCGUCGAAGUGCAACCGUUCUUCAAUGCCACUGUCAUCAGUGAGCUGUCAGACCAAGCGACCACAAGCCUUCAAGAGCUGGGUGCUUGGGCUGAUGGCGACCAUGUUAGUUUCCAAGAACGACCAGAGCAUAUUGUCAGCAGUCAGCACCUCCUUGGGACCGAUGAGGGGGAUGCAGAUACUCUCCUUCUCGACACUGUCAUCUCCGGCAACAUUGAGGCGUUGCGAGACCUCAUAGGGCGCAUGAAGGCCGCCACUGACCCAAAUGUAGCCAUGGACAUCUCGUUGAUGGAGAGGAUCACGAGGACCUUCCUUGCGUCAAUAAAUGAGGGACCGCAAGAGUCACUUCAAGUCUUGCUCGAAACCGGCCUUGUUGACAUCCAGUCGGAGGAUGACAUCAAUGAGAGGAAUUGUCUGCACCAGGCGACCAUUUACGGAAACAAAUUUGUCCUAAGUUACGGCAUCUCCAAUGGAGUUGCUGUCAACAGGACAGAUGUUUACGGCAGGGUUCCACUCCACUAUGCUAGCAUGCAUGGUCGUCUUGACAUGCUCGAUGCCCUGCUAGCUGCGGAUUCUAAGACGAUUAACCUCAUCGAUCACGACAAUUUCACACCCUUAAUCCAUGCAAUCAUCCACGGACACUAUGAAUGUGUGGAGAGAUUGCUUGCAAAGUCUGCGAGGAUCGACCCAACGAGAGAUGCUGACCACGUCCCGUUGAACCUCGCAUGUGAGCACGGAUCUGUGAUGAUUGUUGAGCUCCUGCUUCAACAUGGCGCGCAGAUCCUACCUGAUGCCGAAGGCUUGUAUCCACAACAUUUGGUGGCGAGGUCUGGCCAAACGCCUGAGCUCUUGGCUUUGCUCCAUCGUUACGGUGCCGACCUAAAUCAGAUCGACAAGCUGUAUGGCUGGACGCCUCUGGUUCACGCUGCCAGCGAGGGGAAUGUGCCCUGCUUACAGGCCCUUCUUCAAGCUGGCGUAGAUCCAAAUAUCGUCGACGAAAAAGACCUUCCGGCACUAUACUAUGCAGUGUGGGAAGGCCAUCUCGAAUGUAUGAGACUACUCAUCCCUUACAAUAGGGGGAGAGCAGCUGCUCCAGCAGCUCAGUCACAGCCAUCCCUUGGUCCGAUGAGCGACAGCGGUGGCACCGUACCUAUGGCUCUUGACCCAGAUGCCAUACCUAUUCUCGAACUUCCACCACCGAUCAUCCCGUUACGGCGCUAUGGCCACAACUUCUUGGAUACCAAGACGGUUGUGCAAAUCAGCUUCGAAGAGAGCGGCGAGCACCCGCUGAUCUUCUUCCAAGACAGCAAAUAUCCUGCAGCGCGGCUUACUAUUUCAUCCAAAGUAUCCGAUCUCAUUCCGAAGAACAUCAUGCUUCCUUUCCAAGAAGAUACCCGCCUUGUUUCAUUCCAAAUCGACAACUUAGACAGCUUCACUCUCGACUUCGAUGUCUUUCCUACUUACGGCGCCAAGGUCAUUGCUAAGACCGUUGCACUCCCCAAUACUUUCCGAGCACUGCUGAGCAGCUCUGGGAGCUGUUGUCUCCCACUCUUCGACCCCCGUCUGCGCGCCAUCGGCCAGAUCAGCUUCCACACCCAGGUCAUCAAGCCUUUCCAGGGCAAGCCCCUUGAGAUUACGGACUUUGAGACGUACUGGAAAGCAACAAGCCAGUUUGACACCUCUCCAAGCACCUUUGUGACUGGCUCUAGUCUUUCAGGAGAUUUUGUCAGGGCAUAUGUCCAGCAUACUAGCGAUGGCUUCCCGGUAUUGUGGCCAUAUUGGACUUUGGAGUGCGGCGGUAUCGAUAUCCCUGUGUCACGGCUCACAUUUGAACAGUUCAGUGUUGUCACUUCACGAUCUCCAGCGCGUGCUGAGCUUGCGUCAAUUCCAUCCCGCACACUGGAUCAGAUUGCAGAUGUUCAUCGCAUCCUAGCUACGGCAGGAAUCACCUUACAGGACGCAUUGUCUAUUCUUCCUCAAGGGAUGCAUGUCAACAUACAAAUACUGUACCCUACCGCGGACGAGGAGAGAUUCCUGGGCCUGACUCCCAGUGGAGAUAUAAAUAGGGUUGUGGACGCCAUCCUGACUGUGGUAUUUGACCAUGCCCGUGCGCAAAGAGCUCAAGCGCCAGAUGCCGUCCGGUCCGUCGUCUUUAGCUCCUACAACCCGAGUCUAUGUACCGCUCUAAAUUGGAAGCAACCGAACUUCCCCGUAUUCCUGUGCAACGACCUAGGAAGAGAGGACACCAUUUUGCCCCCGAACAUCAUCAACUACAGUGGACGCCGGACGACCUCGAUCAAGGAGGUUGUCAGGACUGCGCAGAGCAACAACUUCAUGGGGCUCAUCUGUUCCUCGCGCUUGCUGGAUAUGCUUCCGGCAUUGGUCGACUCAAUCAAGUCCCAAGGUCUUGCUCUGGUGAUCGACAAGUCCACGGAAGGUGCUCCCGAAUAUGGCGGCCCGAUGAGCGAUCCAUUCCCGCGAAUGCCGCAGGGCGUUGAUGGUGUGUUGAAAAGUAAUGGUGUACUCAGAUUCAACGAGUCGAUCAACAUAUAG